CUUGCCCUGCACGCCCCUGCUAGCCGGGCAAAGCCAAGGGCAUAUCCGGACCCCGGGGAGGGCACAGCUAAGGGCACAUCCGGACCCCGGGGAGCACGUCCCUGCUACCCGUUCGGAAGCACAGCGCACUUGCCCGAUGACACCGUGUCAUUGGCAAAACACUGCUGACACGGCUGCCCGCAUGGAGUCUCCGCCGGGUCAAAAAGCCAGUACAAUCGUAUAAGGCUAGUCCAUUAUACGCUCUUAGCGGUUUUCAUAUUGCUUACAGUCGCUAUGGGUGGAGACUAUCCGCCGCUUGGGCUGCGCAUUGUUGCCUCGGCGUUUGUCGUCGCGUCGGCGCUGGUGCACUUUCGAAUCCACAUAGCCACAUACGGACAAACAUGGAGGGGGAUAGUACAGCAAACGGCAAUCACGCCAGCGUGGUGGGCCGACGCAGUUCUUCAAUCGGCACAAUUGGCCCUGCAGCUUGCAUCGGUGGCAUAUGUUUGGGCACCAAUUGGAUACUCCAUAGACAACCGGAAGAACGUGCUGGUCAGGACAGUGGGCACGGCGUGGGCGCUGAACGCCGUGUGCCUGGUAGCGGCCGACCUGGCGCACGCCUCGCUGCGGCUGCGGCCGCUGCUGCUGAGCGUGCUGUCGCUGCUGGGGGCGCUGACGGGGCUGGUGGUGUUGUUCUUCUGCCUGAAGCGCCUGCACCCGCUCAUGGUGCGGAUGCGAAAGCAGGACGGAGGCCUGGUCAACAACCGGACACGGCUGGUGCGCGCAGGCACGAGAUGGACCACGGCGUACCUGCUGUUCCGCCUGCCCACCGGCGCUGCGGCAGCUCUGUGCGCGUGUCGUGCUGCCGUUGACCUGGGCUCCGUCAGCCUGGUGCUGAGCGGCGCGGACCAGCGCGAGUGGGUGCAGCCAACCCUGGGCAUGCUGGUCGUGGUUAUGGUUGUGGCGGUUGGGAUCCUGAGCUACUUGGAUGACGUGGCGUUUGUUGUGACGGUUGGUUUGUGGCUGAUGGGCCUCAUUGUCGCCACGCACACGCUGCUGAUGACCAAGUGCUUUUGCAUCGCCCUGGUGCUGGGGCUGGCCAUGCGUGCCGCAUUCAAGUAUGUGCCGGAUGAGGAUGUGGAAGUUAUUCAAAGCAAGAAACAGUAGACGUUGAGUGGGUGUCCAGGCGUGUGGCAUUUGUGUUGCGCGAGUGUAUUAGCGCCUGUGAGGCCCGGAUAUCGGUCUCUAUCGGCAUAGGAGGUCUUGGAUGUACGUAUGCAUGGAGGGCCACUGGAAGGCGCCACCAUACGCUAGCGGUCGGGCUGUGCUUCGAGGAUAGUCAAGUCCGAGACUGCAGGUACAAGGCUUGAGCGCCAUGCGGUUUGGUGUGUGCGUGUGCGUGUGUGUGUGGGCGUGUGUGGGCAUGUGUGUGUGUGUGUGUGUGUGUGUUGGGGGUGGGUGAGAGUUGAGAGGCAGGAUGAGGACACCAAAGUGUGGAGAGAAGUGGAGAUGAGCAACUGGACCUUGGGAGCAGGCCAUGUACAAGGUACACGCAGUGGACCCUCUGACAGAUGCUCGGGAGGUGUCUAUCCUGGAUAAACCGGAUGUAAUGGAAAGGUAGUACCGUAACACGGUACUGUGGUU